UGGUCCCUGACCACCAAGGCGUCAGGCGAGGCUUUCCUCGACCUCUUCAAUUUCUCUGAUGGCACGCAGGUUGCUGCAAGUGCGAGUAACUGGACAACGGAAGCCAACGCGCGUGCCAUGGGUCUCGUGACGGUGAACAAGAAGACUGGAGUGACCUCCAUCAGGACUGACGCCAAGAACAAGUACCCUGGUGGACUCAGGCCUACGGUGCGAUUGGAAUCUAAGGAACUCUAUGGCGAUGGUGUCAUCGUCUUGGAGGUCGCCCACUUCCCGACAGGCUGUGCCACCUGGCCCUCGUGGUGGGCACGCCCCAAGAGUGCCUCAUUUGAGGAGAUUGACAUGUACGAGAACGUCAACGGCUUGUUUCCUCGCGGAGCCUCCAUCAUCCACACUCGCUCCACCUGCCAUCUGCGUAAUGCCACCCAGACGGGCAAGCUCGAGCUAGACAGCUGCUCAUCUACGGAAGACAACACGGACGGGUGUCGCGUCAACCUGCAGCCGUCAGCCUCCGCAGCCGGUGCAUCGGCGGGGAUGACAAUCGCCAUGGAACGAAACUUUGGUGCGGGUGGCAAGGGAGUGCGCACUUGGUAUUGGCCGAGAGGGAAGGAGCCCAAGAGUGCGCGCUCGACGGCGAAGAAGGUCGAUCCUGAUCAGUGGGGCACGCCAUCUGCCAGCUUCCCAAUUCAAGAAUGCGAAGACAGCGCCUUUGUCGAGCCGCACAUGCUGGUUCUUACGCAGAGCCUCUGCGGAAAGUGGACAAACACCACGUACGCCGACUCUGGAUGUACAUCACAGGCUGCUACCUGCGUAGACCUCGUUAAAAACUCACCACAAGCCUUUGCGCAGGCUUACUGGGACAUUGCCUCUCUCCGGUUCUACGGAGGCGACGGCUCAUCCUCGGGCAAGUCGUCGCUCCACACC